GGAUAUGUUGGAUAUAUCUUUAUCAAUUCCUACAUUAGCGCGACUGCUGGUAUUUAAAUCUCUCAUAUGUAUUAAAGAAAAAAAAAUUAAACCCUAACUCGGGUGCGAACCCACGACUUUUAGAUAGACGUAAUAUUCUUCAAGUGAAUUAAAAAUUUAACGAUUGUUGGUGAUAAAAAAAUGAGCGAUAACGGAAAAAUAAUUCGAAUUGAACCGCGAGUGGAGUAAAGAAAAUCAAACCAAUACAAGAAUAAAGAAAGGCAAGUGGCAAGUAAGCUAAUUGUAAGUAUGACAACGUCGCUCUGCGUGCGGGCCAUUGCGCAGACGAGUAGGUCGACCAACACAGCCAAACGCAAGAGCCUGGGAGGUCGUACUAACUAUAUAUAUAAAUACAUACACACACCAACAGAUAUAACGGAAGGUUCUGGCCAUCGGGGUUUUAUAUUAGCUUCUACGUUAUCCAUCCCACUUACUCACUACUACAGGCCCGCGGAAUCAGUCAAGCAACGUGAUAGGCUGAGGAUAUAAAAGUUUCCGCCGCUGUAUCAAAGGAUUGACGGCGACGUACGAGAUAGACAGAGACAGCUGUGAGGGUAAAAAGAGCAACAGUCGCCAGUCAGUACCUACUCAUCGUGUUUUCCCAUUUGGCUCUCUUGCGCGCAAGUCGAAUUCUUCUUUACACAUGUAUGUAUGGUGUACUUAUAAGUGUUGGAGAGUCAGACAUGCUUAUGGAGGGGAAUAGAAUGUAUAAUGUAGAAUCAUUAGCAAGAGAAGGAACAUCAGCAGCAGCAGCAGCAGCAGCGACCCCACCACCAUUUUAUUGGCAGUAAAGUUAAUACGCGAGGUUUCCGCUGCAGUCUGUGUGUUCUGUGUUACAAAUACGUGGUCAUAACCCAGGCCAGGCCAUCAUCAGAAACAGAAACUCUAAACGUUAGACUUGGCUUCGUAUCUAUAUUGUAGAUACUGAUAAUAAUAAUAAUAAUAAUAAUAAUAAUAACAAUCAUAAUAAUAGAUACAAUAAUAUUUUAGUGAUUGAUACCACUCGGUAUCGUGUACGGAGUGUUAAUAUACUUAAAAUAAUAACAAAUAUCAGUGUGCUGUGUGAGAGGUGAUUCAUAAUGCCGUUAAGCAUCAAGGUUAAUCUCCGGGUUACCGGGCACUGUAACCAGGGCGGUCGUAAAUAUAUGGAGGACAUGUUCAGUGUGGCAUACCAACAAACUUCUGAUGAUAAAGACCUGGAGUACGCAUUUUUUGGUAUUUUUGAUGGCCACGGAGGAGGCGAAGCUGCUAAAUUUGCCAAAGAUCACUUGAUGGAUAUUAUUGUCAAACAAAAAAACUUUUGGAGUGACAAGGAUGAGGACGUCCUACGAGCUAUUAGAGAUGGAUAUGUUAAUACACAUUAUGCUAUGUGGCGAGAAUUAGAUAAGUGGCCGAGAACUGCCUCAGGAUUACCGUCAACAGCUGGUACAACUGCCAGUAUAGCUUUUAUACGCAAAGGAAAAAUUUAUAUAGGACAUGUUGGAGAUUCUGGAAUAAUCCUGGGCUAUCAGAACGAAGAUGAUCCUCAGUGGAAAGCGAAACCACUUACAAAAGAUCAUAAACCGGAGAGCGGACCAGAGAUGACAAGAAUUCAAGAGUCUGGUGGAAAAGUCAUCAGUAAAUCAGGUGUACCGAGGGUCGUAUGGAAUAGGCCUAGAAUUGGUCACAAAGGACCCGUACGAAGAUCUACUCAUAUUGAUGAAAUUCCAUUUUUAGCUGUUGCGCGAUCUCUAGGUGAUUUAUGGAGCUACAAUUCAGAAUUAGAUACUUUUGUUGUCUCUCCUGAGCCUGAUGUCAAAGUUAUUAAAGUAGAUGUUAAAUCAUAUAGGUGUCUUAUCUUUGGCACUGAUGGUCUUUGGAAUAUGCUGACACCUCAAGCCGCUGUGGCAAUCGUUCAAGCUGCUGAAAGACACAAUGAAAAACAUUUUAUUGCUUCACAACAAACCGGAAAUCUUUUUCAGGGAGAAUCACAGAUGUGGAUAAAUCCUUCCAAAAGUUUAGUUGAUCGGGCUCUUGAAAGAUGGUCAUCAACACGUCUGCGAGCUGAUAAUACAAGUGUCGUUACAUUGAUGAUAGAUCCUCCUGGACCAUCGCGCUGUGAAGUCCUGAUGAACCGUCGCCAAAAAGAGCCUGUACCUUCAGCUCCAAAGAUGAUACCAACACCUGUACCGCCUCAUCCGUGUAACCCGAAUUUCAACAACAUUGACAUCAACAAAACCCACCCUCCGAUGGCAAAUGUUAAUGAACCUCCAAAUCCUAUAGCAAGUUCGUUAAACGUACAAAGUAAUUCUACAAAUGAAGAGUUUAAUCAAACUCUAAGUCCUUCAUCUUCUUCAUUUGGACUCAAUGAAAGUUUACCUAGCGAUUAUAGUUUCCAAGAAAAUAGUGAUAAUAAUCGUGAAUCGUUUGUUGACAAUAGUAGAUAUGAUAACGAUAAUAAUGAUACUAUAUUAAGUGAAUCAAGUGUUAAAGAAAGUACAAUUAUGGAGAAUAUUCAAGUUGCUGAAAUAUCUUCUUCUGACAUAAGUAGUGAUGAUAGCCAGAUUUCAUCUGGUGAAAAUACUGUUGAUGAAAAUGAAUCUGUUGAAGAAAAUACUGAUGUUGCAUCAAAAAGUACUCAAAGUAUCAACGAUCGUGUAAGUGAAUCAACUGUUAAUGAUUCUUCAAUUGAAACUACUGUUACAGAAGAAAAAAUAUCUGACAAGCAUGAAGUAGAAAAUACUGACAGUCAAGAUUAUCAGUUGACAAGAGGAAAUGCAUUUUUUGGCUCUUGGGAUUCAUUUAACGGCAAUGGAUCUAAACUAAGUCGCUCAGUCAACUCUAAUUUAGCAGAUUUAAUUUCAAGCCCAACGCCAAUAGCAGAAAUCAAUUCUACUGAAGCUGACUGCAAAAAAGACCAGCUCGACAAUCCAAUUCCUAGUCCGAGUCUCGAAAAACAACCACCUGAUUUAUCCACCAGUGUAAAUAAUGACGACAAAGUUGAAAAUGAAAUAAAUUCAGCUCAACAAUCGCCUCAAUUGAUGCCAGCAACAUCAACAUCUAGCUCAGACGAUCAAAAGAUGUUACCUCCAGCUUCAUUGGACUCUUCUAGAUUAAAGCGACGUCGUGAAAUACCGCUUAGACCGGGUUCAACGCGAAGAACUAAAGAAAUAAGUUAUAAUAAACGUAGACACAGUUCUACGUUAGACGAAGCUGACGAUUCUAUUUGUUCCGUGCCAGAAGCGCCUAAUUCGAAACGUCGUACGCGCUCAGAAGACAGACGGUGCGACGUAAAUGGUCCAACUGACGAGAAUAAUCCAAUAAAUCAAGAGCAAUCGCAACAGCAACCGCUGCUAAAUGACAGAGUACGUCGUUGGCCUGGCAAUUCACGUCGCUCAGAAGUCUCUAAAAUAAGAAAUGUUAAUUCUCCAACGACAUCUUAUUCACCACCAACAAACACCAGUACUUCUAACACUCGUGAAAAAAUAACCGUAUCACCGACAUCAUUCCAACGACGUAGCCUUGAAAAGAAAGCUACUCCGGUUAAAACGAUAAGAAGACCCUCGAUAAAUGGUUCAAGUCGAGUUCAAAUGAGAGGAAGCUUUGCACUGAGAGAUUGGGAUCAAACGAAAUCAAAUCUUGGCCGCCGACGUGGUGUUCGCGCUGGUAGCUGCUCGUCUGACAGAUCUAAAUUAAAUCGUGUUAUCACU